ACUGGAAAUCUUGUUCUGCGAGAUAAUUCAAGUGGGCGUACGUUGUGGGAAAGUUUUGGACAUCCGUCUGAUACUUUGUUGCCUAAAUUGUGGUUAGUUGACAAUAUAAAAACAGGGAAUAAGGUGGUCCUGUCCUCAUGGAAAACCCCGAUGGAUCCAGAAGUCGGAAAUUUCACAAAUGGUCUCCAGGCUCUGAAUAUUCCUCAAACCUUUACUUGGAAUGGGAAUCGUCCAUACUGGCGAAGUGGUCCAUGGAAUGGGCUGAUUCUAAUUGGCAUACAAGAGAUGCAUUCUGUAUACAAUGAUGGAUUCACUGUGGGAAAGGUUCUUCCAGGAACUUACUAUUUCACUGCGCCAGAGGGGAAAUUCUUGAUGAGACUUACUUUGAAUUCAACGGGGAGUUUGGUUCAAUGGUUGUGGAAUGAUAAGACAGAGAAAUGGGAUAGUACAUGGUCGGCUCCUAGUCAAGAAUGUGAUGUUUAUGGGACGUGUGGGCCAUUUGGGAGUUGUAAUGCUCUGAGUUCGCCUAUUUGUUCUUGUCUGAGAGGGUUUGAACCAAAGAAUUCCCAGGAAUGGGGAAGAGGAAAUUGGUCUGGCGGAUGUGUCCGGAGCAAACCAUUGCUUUGUGAUCAAAAUAAUAAUACGAGCGAUGGUGGCAAAGAAGACGGAUUCUUGAGGCUCCCAUAUAUGAAAGUGCCGGAUUUUGCCGAACAGGGACCCUCUAGGACGGUAGAGGAAUGUAGAAGUCUUUGCUUGAUGAACUGUUCGUGCAUAGCCUAUGCACACGACACAAAUCUAGGUUGUAUGUUUUGGAGCCAAGGACUGAUUGACAUUCAGCAAUUUCCUAAAGUUGGUGCAGAUCUUUACAUUCGUCUAGCUUCUUCAGAACUAGAUGGGCACAAAGACAAACAGCUAAUUAUUAUCAUUCCAAUAGUGGCGGGUUUGGUUGCCAUUUUCGUUUGCAUUUUCAUUUAUUGGUGGUUGAUGGCUAGAAAAGGAGCCAAAGGAAAAUUAGAUGCAAAGUUGUAUGAAGAUGGGCAAACAUAUCCAUCAGAUUCGGCCGGAAUAGUGAUUAAAGAUGAUAUGGAUAAAGUUAAUCUUGAAGAGUUUCCGUUAUUCACGUUCGAGACACUUGUAAAUGCCACAGACCAAUUCCAUGAUGACAAUAUGCUGGGAAAGGGUGGUUUUGGUCCGGUUUAUAAGGUAACUUUUUGUAACCAUGGGCGUGGAUUACUGCAUUAUAUAUAGCUCUGGUGCUGAAAUUGCUGUUAACGUGUA